AUUGUAUCCAAAGUGGAUCGGUUAUCAAAAUUAAUUGUGAUUUCAUUUGAGAGGCUUAUGAGAUUCUCAAAAAUAUUUGAAUAUGCGCCAAUCAUUCAGAUUAAUAUACCCCAUAAAACAUUUUCGUGAUUUCCUCGAAAAUGAUAUUCGUUUGGAUGGCCGUUCAUUUGAUAAAUACCGACCAAUUGGUGUAAAUAUAGAGUCCUUUCAACACUCGUUAGGUUCAAGUGCAACGAAAAUUGGGAACUCAAAUAUAUUAUGUGGCAUACGAGCAGAAUUAGCUAAACCGCGUGCCUCUACGCCUCUGGCCGGGUAUAUUGUACCUAAUGUUGACAUGUCAUUUACUUCAUUUUCAAAGUCUGCAGCAACAAGUAACAAUCAAAAUGUUGCCGAAAUAUUAGAAUGCUUUAUUUAUCGGAUAUUGAAUGAAUCACAUUGCUUAAAAUUAGAAGACUUAUGCAUACACCCUGGAAAACUGGUCUGGUGCCUUUACAUAGACAUAAUUGGCUUGGAGGUGGAUGGUGGUGUAUUUGAUGCUUCAAUUUUAGCCUGCGCCUCAGCACUGAGCACACUGAAAUUACCUAAAGUUACAUAUGACGAGAAAAGUGGAAAAAUAGAGAUAGGUGAAGAAAUGAAGGAGUUGCAUUUAGAUAUUUUCCCCGUUGUUAGCACUUACAGCAUUUUCGACAACGUUGUGUUGGUGGAUCCCACUUAUCGAGAGGAGAGUAUUUCAAAUGCAGUAUUUCAUCUCGGCGUGCACGAAGACACCGUUGGUCUAUUUCAUAAAAGUGGCGGAGUGCCAAUUUCAGUAAAAGAAAUUCAACAUUCGAUAAAAAACGCUGUAAAACGUGAACAAGAGAUUUCAAGUCUAUUAAGAAGUUUGAAAAGUAAUAAAUAAAAACAACAAAAUGUUUAUAUCU